AUGCACCAGGAUAUUCCCGACGACAACGCAUCCGUGGAAGGCUUCUCCACUGUUCGGGCGGACAGGGACAGUACCGCAAGCGUCAACGAGUGGGUUUGUUCCCUGCGCCACCGGGUCGGGGAAUGGGUGAAUGCACCUAGUGGCGGUUCAGAGUACCCAGCCUUCUUGGAGUCCCUCAGUGGGGUACUGGAGGGUGCUCCACCUGAGGACUCUGUUGUCCUACUACAAAUAAGGGCUUUGAUUGAAAUGAGUGAGAUUCCUCAGCAGAUGUCUUUACAUGUGGCUAAACUUGGAGAUAAUGUGAAUCUGACAUGUGUGAAAGAUAAUGCAGAGUUUUCUUACUGGUAUAAGUUGAAUUUUGGACAUAUGCUUGAAACUGUCACUAAAGGAACUUAUGAAAAAAUAUCCCUCAAUGGACAAUUUAACAACUCAAGAUUCAAUGCCACAAAAGUAGGUCAUGUGCAUUCUCUUAUCAUAAGAAAUGUAAGCAAAGAAGAUGAAGCAACUUACCUUUGUCAAGCAGGAUCGGUAUAUGAAAUGGAAUUUAUAAAUGGCACAAUUUUGGCAGUGAAUGAUCCUAAAACUCAACAUAAAUUUGUCACCGUGAAACAAACUCCAGAUGUGGAGUCAGUCAAGCUGGGUGAUACAAUGACUCUGCAGUGUUCACUUCUCUCUAAGACCAAGAAUGUCACAGAUCAGUGUCCAGGGGAAGACAAAGUGCACUGGUUUAAAGGUGGAUCAGAAUCCCAUCCAGAUAUCAUUUACCACGGCAAUGUCAGAAAUAAAGAGGAUGGGAAAUGUGACUACAGUCUGUCCAAAACUAUAACAAAGUCAUCUGAUGCUGGGACGUACUACUGUGCUGUGGUCACAUGCAGUGAGAUCCUGUUUGGUGAAGGAACAAAAGUGGUGACAAACGAGUUCCCGCUCAGUGCUGUGCUUGUGACACUGCUGAUCUUCUCUGUGCUUGUAAAUUUUGUUCUGAUUCUGUCCAGAAAACAGAAGCCAACUUGCGAACAGUCCAAAGGAGGAGAAACCGUCUCCACUCAGCCUCCAAUCAAUGAACAGGAUAGAUCAACUGCAGAUCAACUGAGUAAUGUGGAGGGUGAAGAAGUAGGAGUAAACUAUGCGGCGCUGGACUUCUCCUUAAGAAAAGCUAAAAAAUGGAAGAAUAAGCGGGAGCAACCAGAUGACAGCAUAUAUUCUGGCAUGACAGACUACCAGUAG